AAAUCACUACCCUGUUGGAUUUUUUUUAACCUGUAAACAUGAAGAAGAAAGAUCAGAAGAUAAAAAGGGGGCGCCAGAUGCGAAAGGGGGUAAAGAAGAGACAGGAUCAGAUUGAUAUUGACCCGGAGAACCCCGAGGAAGCUGAGACAUGCAUUCUCACAGAAGACAAAAGAUGUCGAAGCCUGGAGGAUCUACACAAUCAGGACGAGGAAAGAAAAGAAAUGAGAAAAAUUGUGAGAAUGAAUAGCAUUAGGAAGACUAAGAGCGUGGACGAUAUUUUACGUGAACAGCUCGAGGAGGUGACAGACGUCAUGCAGCAAAAUAUCAUAAAACUUCGGGAUCGGCAUGGCAGUCUGCACGAUCUUCUUGACAUAGCUAACACACUUACUGGUUCGGCUGCGGAAUUCCAGAUUGUGAGUAAAAAGGUCAAACGGAAAGAGAAGAUGAGGAUGUGGAAAUACCGUAUCUUGGCAGGGAUCGUUGUGGUGGUGAUUUGUGUGGUGGUGUUGGUUGUGGUGUUAGUGGCGGUAUUGACGCAGCAAGACGAUAAACCACCUCACAAUAUAAUAUUGAUUUCUAACCGAAGUGCGAUUACUGGUUCUUUAUAGCACCUACCUCAUUGU